AUGGCUGCGCUCUUGAGAUCAGCCCGGUUACUCAAGUUUUCCCCUUCGGCUUUGCUCCAGGUCCCGAGGAGCAGGAGAAGCGGGCCGCCGCUCGGUCGCUUGUUUUGUGGGGCUGUCGGGAGUAGAACCACCGGCGUCUGUUCCAGACAGGUCGGCCCCGUCUCUGACAGCGUGAGCAGGUGUGUGUGGCCUUACACUGCCAGCUGUGUGCGUAACUAUGCUGUGGCCACGGAGCAGAAGGAUGAGGCCAGCGUGGCGGUGCGCUCGAGGCAGGCGCAGCAGUUUGACUGGGCGCUGACCAAACUGGACAGCUCGGUGAGGAGGACGGGACGCAUCACCAAGACCCUGCUGCUGCGCAUCUUCCAUGACAUCUGCAGGACAGGUUAUCCCAGUGGUAAUCAGGCCUUGCUGCUGCUGCGGAGCUGUGGCUCCUUGCUGCCUGAGGUUCCGAUGGAGGAGCGAAACGAGCUGGCACACAGAGUCUGGGAUAAGAUGCAGGAGCUGGGGGCUCAGUAUGAUGUCAGUCACUACAACGCCUUGCUGAAGGUUUACCUGCAGAAUGAGUUCAAGUUCUCCCCCACAGACUUUCUGGCUAAAAUGGAAGCGGCCAACAUCCAGCCUAACAGAGUCACCUAUCAGAGACUGAUAGCAGCUUACUGCCAAAAUGGAGACAUUGAAGGAGCCAGCACCAUUUUGGGUUUCAUGAAAAGCAAAGAUUUACCGAUUACAGAAGCGGUCUUCAGCUCUCUGGUGACGGGUCAUGCACGUGCAGGUGAUAUAGAGAGCGCCGCCAACAUCUUGUCUGUGAUGCGUGGAGCUGGAGUGGAACCAAGUCCUGACACCUAUGUGACGCUUCUGAAUGCGUACGCAGAGAAGGGAGAUCUAGAGAAUAUGAAGAAGACUCUGGAGGCAGCAGAGAGCGCAGACUGCAGCCUAAUGGACAGAGACAUCAUGCAGGUCAUUUUCACUCUGGCUAAAGCUGGACAGCAGCAACACAUACCAGAAAUGGUCGAACGCCUGAGGCAUGAGAGAGGCUACAUACCAGAUGCCAUGAACUUGUGUCUGAGCCUCAUCACUCAGGGACAAGAAGAUGUAGCUUUUAGCCUCCUGAAAACAUUCCCUACUCUACAGUCUGAUAACAGCGACUCGUCGAACCUUGGGAACUUCUUCCUCAGACACUGCGUGAACAUGGACACGGCACUGGAGAAGGUUGUUCGCUAUUGCAAAGAGCUUCAGGAGUUGCACCUUCACUCUGCACCAAUCACCUUCACGCUGUCCUGCGCUCUUGAAGCCAAGAAACUGGGAACAUCUAUGGAGCUGAUGAAGUUACUGAAGGAGCAGAACUUGCCUGUUAGACCUCAUUACUUCUGGCCUCUUCUUACUCAGCCUUUGAAGGAGAACAACACAGCUGGUGUGGUGGAGGUGAUGCGAGGCAUGGAGAAGCUUGGAGUCUCCCCUGACCUCGACACAUUAUCCACCUACGUCCUGCCUGUGUUCCCCAGCUUGGAGGCCGCACGUCAAGCACUCAAGGAUUCAGGCGUCUCUGUGGAUUCGGAGGCCUUUCUGUGUGCAGAGGUUCGCACGUCGGCUGCCAGCGACCUGGCCAAAGUCUACGCUCUGAUAUCCGAUCCCUCCUUCCCGGCCUUGGAUCUCAGUUUCUUCCGCAGCAGCCUCAUCACAGGCUUCAAAAAGUCUUCUGAUGUGGACAACAUGGUGAAGAUUACUGAGCUGCUGUAUAAAGACGAGCGCUUCUCAGCUGGAAACUCCAACCCCUCUGAGGCCACAGCAUACUUCCUUUACAACCUGUUCGACAGCAUGUCAGAGGUGCAGGUCCAGGCGCAGGAAGAUAAACUGAGAAGCUUCUUCAAUCAGCUACAGACUCGGAACAUUACCAUCUCUCUCAACAUCUAUCGAGGAAUCAAAAAUCUCCUGGAGUCAUACCACUGCCCAGAGCUAAUUAAGGACGUGAUCGCGUUGGUUGACCCUAAGGAAAGAGAAUCUCUGUCUGCUGUUCCUCGGGCUGCAGGAGUUGAAAACAAAGUUUUGGCCCUGGAGAAUAAAUUGGCUGAACUGAAAGCGGAGAACAAACCGCUGAGCUCCGUUCUCAAACAGGCCAUCCUGGCUCUGAGUGCUGAAGAGAACCUACAGCGUGCCCUUGAGCUGAAGCAGCAGCACGAAGAGGAGAUGACAGCCGGGGCUUACGCCACCCUCAUCAACCUGUGCUGCCGCCACAACAAUGUGGAGGAGGCGCUCAACCUGAAGAGGGAGAUGAGUCGUAAGGACUCAUCCGUGGCCUUGGAUCCCAGUAAAUACAUCAUACUGGUCAAGACGCUCUCUGUGAAUGACAAAGUUGAGGAGGCAUUGGACAUCCUGAAGGAGAUGAAGGAGAAGAAUGUGGUUUUGAACGACACCCACAUAACCUCCGUCUUCCACAUGCUGAGCGCCGUGGCGGCCAAGGGCGGCAUCUCCACUGUCCGCCGGCUGCAGGACACCAUCUUUACCCUCGGACUGGCCAAGCCUAGCGCCAAUCUCUGCUCUCCUGUGGUGACAGCUUACUUGGACAGCAAAGAUGUUGCUGGAGCUCUUGAAGCGGCGCUGGAGUGUCAGAAACUCUACAACCAGCUGCCGCGCAUCCAUGACAUCAUUGUGGCUCUGGUGGAGAAAGGAGACACCGAUUUAUUGCAAAAAGCCAUGGACUUUGUGAGCCAGGAACGAGGAGAGAUGACGAUGCUUUAUGACCUGUUCUUCGCAUUCCUACAAACAGGCCGUUACCGUGAAGCUCGUAAGAUCGUCGAGACCCCAGGGCUGAGGGCGAAGCCUGGACGCCUGCAGUGGUUUGGAGAGAAAUGCAUCGCUUCUAACCAGAUGGAGGCCCUGGAGCAGAUGGUGGAAAUGACAACCAAGCUGUUUGAGUGCGACAGAGAUGAGAUGUACAGUUACAUGUUGAGGCUUUGCAAGGAAACCAAUGACUGGCAGAAGGCAGAAGCCAUAUGGACAAAGAUGCAGGAGGAGAACGUGAUUCCUAGAGAGAGGACCCUGCGUUUGCUAGCAGACAUACUGAAGAGUAACGACCAGGAGGUGCCCUUUGAGGUGCCUGAGACAUGGUACGAACAAGCCGCCCCGGCCUCCCAGCAGGUCAGGACACCACCAGCCCCGCCUUCAGCUGAAAGGGGUGCUGAUGUCCAGGCCCGUCUGCUGGCCCUCUGUAAGAAGAGUAAAGCCAAAGAAGCACUGGGCUUACUGAAGGAGGUGGACAGAAAGGGCGUGGCACUCACCCCUCUUCCUUAUGACCAUGUAAUCCGGGCUCUGUUGGCGCAGGGAUUCAUUGAGGACGCCAUGAUGGUCAAGGAGAUCGCCCAGUCUCGUCUGCCCAGCUUCAAGUUGAGUGACAUCGCCAGCAGUUUGCUCAUCAUCUCAUUUAGCAAAAAAGGCCAGCCCAAAGAGGCACUGGAGAAGCUGAAGUCUAUGCUCCAGAUGGACCACGUCCCCUCCAACCUGGCCAUCACCAGACUGGUUCAGGCCCUCGGUAACCAAGGCGAUGUGGCAGGAAUUCAGGAAGUGGAAUCCCUGGUCAGGAGCCUUGGCACGAACAUGAACCUUUCCAGCAUGGUGUUCAUCAACAACACAGCUCUUGCUCAUAUCACUAAUGGCGAUGUGGAGUCGGCCGUGGAGUUGUUUGAUGGAAUUUACACGAGUCCAAACGGCUCCAACUCCAGCAUGUCCUUUGUCUUCAGAAAGGUGCUGGAGUCUGGAAACGACAAAGCUUUGGACAAACUGAGUGCGAUGGCAGAGCGGCUGGCCAACCACUUUGCCUGCUACAGACCGGCUUCAGAUCUCUUCCUGCAGCUGCUGGAUAUGGACAAAGUGGAGGAUGCCAAAUUUAUGCUGGCUCGCUGCAACGCUCUGGCUGAACAGAGGGAGGUGUUGCUGUCCUACGUGUCUCAGAAGGCUCAGAGUCCUGGACAGAUUGGAAAAAUCAGGAACCUGAUGAGCCUGAUCCCAGACUUUGCAGAGAAGGACAUCCUGUACGCCUACCUGAUGAAGUGCCACGCUCUGGAUAAGGACCUACCGUCGGCCAAGGCUCUCUAUGAGCAGAUGCAGAAAGAGGGGCUUGAAGUGGACGAGCUGUCCCUCAAACGGCUGGCUGGGCUUUACCGCGAGGCGGGGGAGACGGCUCCCUUCUCUGAGCCCCCUGAGUCCUUUAAGUUUUAUGCAGAGAAGCUGAGAGGGAAAGCCAGCAAAGGUCAGCCAGCAGCUGAGGAAUAAAGAGCUAUCACCAUCUCCUCAGAUGUCCGUUCAAUUGUCUUUUCUUGUUUUGUUUUUUUUGUUUUUUUUUGUAUAAGUUGAUGCAGAAAUGUGGAAUAUUGGAUUAUGUCUGUUUUAGCCUCCGUCUACUGUGAUGAUCGUAAUGUUCAUUAAGAUGUUAAGAAUGUACAGAAGUAUUUAUGCUAAUAAAUGAUGA